AUGUCCACCACCUCCGCUUCCCCGGCCGCUCCCACCUGCGCCGGCUUCUGGGAACUCCCCACCAAGGACGUUGCCUGCGCUCUCCCCAACAAUGGCAACGCCUCCGAUAUCCUCGACAAGUGCUGCAAGCGCGCCUCAGUCACCAAGUACGACGAUGGCUGCGGUAUCUACUGUCUCGCCCAGGAGCAGUCCGCCAAGGACCUGACCAACUGCUUCCGAGAACAGGGCGCCAUUGACGGCCACUUCUUCUGCAGCGGCGGCAACGCCUCGCACACGGCCUCCGCCCCUCUUCCCUCCAAGACGGGUGACCAUGACUCCGAUUCCUCUACUGGUACCUCGACCGGUAGCAAGUCGACCUCCACGAGCAGUGACUCUGCCGCCGUUUUGAACCAACCUGUCUCCAAGAGUGGACUGGGUCUGCUUGCGGUGCUUGUUUGCUCUGCUCUCAUGGGUGUUGUGGCUUAG